CUUCCGCCGGCUGCGCACUCACAGUGAUCCCUGCGCGCGUCUCCUGUUGGGGUCCGUGCCCCGUGCUACGCCGGGCGCCAUGGCGUUCCCCGGAGCCCGGGCCCGCGUCUGGGCGGCAGCAGCCAGAGCGGCCCAGAGGAGCCGCCGCGUGGAGAACGCAGGAGAGUCCCCGAGUCCUGAGCCUGCGAGCCGGCGCGCAGCGCUUUACGUACACUGGCCUUACUGCGAGAAGCGCUGCAGUUACUGCAACUUCAACAAGUACAUCCCUCGCCGCGUGGAGGAGGCUGCCAUGCAGAAGUGUCUGGUGACCGAAGCGCAGACGCUGCUGCGGCUCAGUGGGGUGCAAUGGGUGGAGUCUGUGUUCUUUGGUGGGGGGACCCCCAGUCUAGCCAGUCCCCACACGGUGGCUGCUGUCCUGGAGGCUGUGGCACAGACAGCCCACCUGCCUGCAGACUCGGAAGUCACAUUGGAGGUUAAUCCUACUUCAGCUCCAGGCUCCAGACUGGCAGAGUUCGGGGCAGCAGGGGUCAACAGGUUGUCUAUAGGCCUCCAGUCCCUAGAUGACACUGAGCUCCGGCUGUUGGGACGGACGCACUCGGCCUGCGAUGCUCUGCGGACGCUGGCAGAGGCCCGGCGCCUGUUUCCCGGGCGCGUGUCUGUGGACUUGAUGCUGGGGCUGCCAGCACAGCAGGUGGAGCUGUGGCUUGGGCAGCUGCAGGAACUGCUGCACCACUGUGAUGACCACCUCUCCCUCUACCAGCUGUCCCUGGAGCGGGGAACCGCACUCUUCGCCCAGGUGCAGCGGGGUGCCCUUCCAGCCCCUGACCCAGAGCUCGCAGCUGAGAUGUACCAGAGGGGCCGGGUCAUCCUUCGGGAGGCUGGCUUCCACCAGUAUGAGGUCUCUAACUUUGCCCGGAAUGGAGCGCUCAGUACCCACAAUUGGACUUACUGGCAGUGUGGUCAGUACCUUGGCAUUGGGCCUGGGGCCCAUGGGCGAUUUAUGCCCCAGGGGGCUGGAGGCCACACCCGGGAGGCUCGGAUCCAGACCCUGGAGCCUGACAACUGGAUGAAGGAGGUGAUGCUGUUUGGCCAUGGCACUCGGAAGCGUGUCCCCCUGGGCAGGCUGGAGCUGCUGGAGGAAGUUUUGGCCCUGGGGCUACGCACCAAUGUGGGGAUCACUCACCAGCACUGGCAGCAGUUUGAGCCCCAGCUGACCCUGUGGGACGUGUUUGGAGCGAACAAGGAGGUGCAGGAGCUGCUGGAGCGGGGCCUACUGCAGCUGGAUCACAGGGGUCUUCGGUGUUCCUGGGAGGGUCUGGCUGUGCUAGACUCUCUCUUGCUGACCCUCCUGCCUCAGCUCCAAGAGGCCUGGCAGCAGAGAACUCCCUCCCCUGUGCCAGGAGGAUGACAAAAUGUUCCUGUGUUCCAGGGUAAUGCCAGGUGGGUUUUGAGAGCUGGGUCGGUACUGCAGACAUCUCUUCUGCAUUGUCGGGUGCCGUCUCUGCUCCAUGUGGUCAUUGCCCAGCCCUGGCAUCCCCAGGGGAAUGGCAGCAGUGAGGUAGAUGGGAGGACAUUUCUGGUCAGGGAACUGGCAUCCCAUUCAGCUUCUCAGGACUCACAGGCCAGCAUGUGUUCCAUGGCUGGGAAUUGCCUACCACCCACAUCAGCUUCUGUUUACCUUUUUGGCAUCAAAUAAUGAACAGUGUUUGGAAAUCUUUCUACAGGCAAUUACCUCCCCAAGAGAAGCCUUCCUUACUUUGGAGUAAGGUCCUAAGACAGCUGGAUGAGUCAGGAAAACCAUGUCCCCUUUAGGUAUUAUUAAUAUAAGCAGGAAGG